AUCUCCUCAUCACUGAUCUCCCUUCAUCCCUCCAAUCCUCAUCUGUUCCUCAUAGGAGCAGUGGAGAGAGUGAGUGACGGAGGAAUAUCCUACUGUCUGUGAUAGCAAAAGUGAAUGAGAAAGUGUAGUGACAGGCAGGCUGAACUUAUGACAACGACCAGAGGAAGACCGCUGGAGGAAGAGUGAACAUCGACCACAUCACCUUGAGUGGAGUCUCCUAAUUGGAUUAUCAGCUUUCCUGUCAUCUCUCCUGUCUCCAUUGGUGACAGCACCUAACAACCAUCGCCAUGGGUGAACUGGAGGACUUGCAAAAGGAGGCGAACAAUCUCAAAGACCAGAUCACUGCAGCUCGUAAGGCGGUGCAGGACAGCACUCUGCAGGAAGCAGUAGCCGGGACCACCGUGGUGGGGCGGGUCCAGUUGAAGAACAGGAAAACACUCAGGGGUCACCUGGCCAAGAUCUACGCGAUGCACUGGGGUGCUGACUCCACGUUGUGUGUCAGUGCCUCACAAGAUGGAAAACUUAUAGUGUGGGACAGCAUCUCAACCAACAAGGUGAAUGCCAUCCCGCUCAAGUCAUCUUGGGUGAUGACUUGUUCCUAUGCACCUUCGGGGAACCUCGUGGCUUGUGGCGGCCUGGACAACAUGUGCUCCAUCUACAACCUCAAGGGCAAGGAUGGAAACGUCAAGGUCAUGCGCGAGCUGGCGGGACACACAGGUUACCUGUCCUGCUGCCGUUUCCUCAGUGACACUGAGAUCAUCACCAGCUCUGGAGACUGCACUUGCAUACUAUGGGACAUUGAGACCGGGACCCAGAAGACAAUCUUUGCAGGACACAUGGGAGACUGCAUGUCCCUGGCCGUGUCCCCAGACUUCAACUUUUUCAUCUCAGGGGCGUGUGACUUCACGGCCAAACUCUGGGACAUCAGGGAGGCCCAAUGCAGACAGACCUUUUCGGGACAUGAGAGUGACAUCAACGCAAUUGGGUUCUUCCCCAAUGGUAACGCAUUGAUAACAGGGUCGGAUGACGCCACCUGUAAACUGUACGACCUGCGAUCUGACCAGGAGCUCAUCACCUACCAGGACUCCAGCAUCAUGUGCGGGGUCACCUCCCUGGCCCUCUCCAAGUCUGGACGCCUGUUACUGGCUGGCUAUGACGACUUCAAUGUCAACAUCUGGGACACACUGAAAACUGAGAGAGUGGGAGUGCUGGCUGGUCAUGACAACAGAGUGAGCUGCAUCGGGGUGUCCUCAGAUGGGAUGGCGUGUUGCACAGGAUCCUGGGACAGCUUCCUCAAGAUAUGGAACUGAGGCCGUUCCUCACCAGCGAGCAGAGAGAGAGAGACGUAAUUAUUAUAGCCUGGUAGAAAGUGAAGAAGAUAAGAAGGAACAGGAGUUUGAGGGGGUGGGGGGGAUUCACAUAGGGUGAGAAGAGGGUAUUUAAAUUGUGCCAAGUCCUAUCUCAUGUUGGAGGGGUUGUAAUGUAAAGGUUUUCUCCUCUCACAUCGCGGUCUCACCUUUCUUCUCACGUUAUGGGGGAAUUUAGGGGUGGGACAUGGGGUUGGGGGGUCUCAGUAAAAGAUCAUUCCUCUUCGUAGUUUAUGAUAAUGCGGUUUAAAUAACCAUAACAUAUGCACAUUUCUAGCAGGUCACCCAAUGAAAACAAUUGCCAAAUGGAAAUGGUAGCACGCUGGAUGAGAAAUAAUUGAAUACGUGUCAAGUUACAGCCUGUGAACGUUCACACUAGCUAUACUAAUGUUUUAUAUCAAAGCAUAAGUUAUGUCAUAUGAAUAAUAUGAGCAUUUGCAUUGUUUUGGUAUCAGACUGUUUGUUCUUAGUUUUGGUAGAGUCCCUAGAUGCUUACAUUUACUUUCUUUUCAUUUUCUAACUUUAAUUAAAAUAGAGUGCUAGUUUGCAGAUGUUUAUAUUAGUGUUGAGUUGUUUUGUAUGUGAUUGAUGGACAAUAUUUAGCUAGACCUGAAAAGUGCUUUGGGUAAAACUGUUGUACUGACAGAUGGGAUAAUAAAAAUGGUUUUCAUGGUUGACUAAGCACUUACAAAAAAUAAAACCCCAUUUGUCUCAGGACAGGACUGUGGACGACUUAACAUGGAUGAUAACGACUAGUGUGCACAUGAGCAAUAUAUCUGGGUCUGUAUGUACUUUUUUAUCUGCAUGGUCCAAGAUAAACCUCAAGGACAGUUUGUGUGUACAUACAGAAAAUAUAUGUUGACUGGAUACACACUAUGCAAAAUAAAGCAAUACAUCAUUUCUUUAAGACCGUUCAAUAAACAUGGAAUUCUGCAUUAAA